AUGGGAAUAAUGAGGAAUCCCUGUUGUCUGGACUUGGAGCAAUGUUCUCUUAAGGUCUUGGAGCCUGAAGGAAGCCCAAGCCUAUGUUUACUGAAGCUAUUGGGUGAAAAAGGUUGUACAGUCACAGAGCUGAGUGAUUUCCUGCAGACUAUGGAACACACUGAAGUUCUUCAGCUUCUCAGCCCCCCAGGAAUAAAGAUCACUGUAAACCCAGAAUCAAAGGCAGUCUUGGCUGGACAGUUUGUGAAAUUGUGUUGCCGAGCAACUGGACAUCCUUUUGUACAAUAUCAAUGGUUCAAAAUGAAUAAAGAGAUUCCAAACGGAAAUGCAUCAGAACUUAUUUUUAACACAGUGCAUGUAAAAGAUGCAGGCUUUUAUGUCUGUCGAGUGAAUAAUAACUGCACCUUUGAAUUCAGCCAGUGGUCACAACUGGAUGUGUGUGAUGUCACAGAACUAACAGAAAGCUUCCAGGGAAGUUUGAAUGGCAUCUCUGAAUCCAAGUUGCAAAUCUGUGUUGAACCAAGGUCCCAAAAGCUGAUGCCAGGCAGCACAUUGGUCCUGCAGUGCGUUGCUGUUGGAAGCCCUAUUCCUCACUACCAGUGGUUCAAAAAUGAAUCACCCUUAGUGCAUGAGACAAAGAAGAUAUUCAUGGUGCCUUAUGUGGAGUUGGAACAUCAAGGAACCUAUUGGUGUCGUGUACAUAAUGAUCGAGACAGUCAAGAUAGCAAGAAGGUAGAAAUCAUCAUAGGAAGAACAGAUGAGGCAGUGGAGUGCACUGAAGAUGAAUUACAUCAUCUUGGGCAUCCUGAUAAUAAAGAGCAAACAGCUGACCAGCCUUUGGCUAAGGACAAGGUUGCCCUUUUGAUAGGAAACAUGAAUUACUGGGAGCACCCCAAGCUUAAAGCUCCUUUGGUGGAUGUGUAUGAAUUGACCAAUUUGUUAAGACAGCUGGAUUUCAAAGUUGUUUCACUGUUGGAUCUGACUGAAUAUGAGAUGCGCAACGCUGUGGAUGAAUUUUUACUACUUUUAGACAAAGGAGUGUAUGGAUUAUUAUACUAUGCGGGACAUGGUUAUGAAAACUUUGGGAACAGCUUUAUGGUUCCUAUUGAUGCUCCAAAUCCAUAUAGGUCUGAAAACUGUCUGUGUGUGCAAAACAUACUGAAAUUGAUGCAAGAAAAAGAAACGGGGCUCAAUGUGUUCCUGUUGGACAUGUGUAGGAAAAGAAAUGACUACGAUGAUACCAUUCCAAUCUUGGAUGCAUUGAAAGUCACUGCCAACAUUGUGUUUGGAUAUGCCACGUGUCAAGGAGCAGAAGCUUUUGAAAUCCAGCAUUCUGGAUUGGCAAAUGGAAUCUUCAUGAAAUUUUUAAAAGACAGAUUAUUGGAAGACAAGAAAAUUACUGUGUUACUGGAUGAAGUUGCAGAAGAUAUGGGUAAAUGCCAUCUCACCAAAGGCAAACAGGCUCUAGAGAUUCGAAGUAGCUUGUCUGAAAAGAGAGCACUGACUGAUCCAAUACAAGGAACCGCGUACUCUGCAGAGUCUCUGGUGCGGAACCUCCAGUGGGCCAAGGCACACGAACUUCCUGAAAGUAUGUGUCUUAAAUUUCAAUGUGGUGUUCAGAUUCAGUUAGGAUUUGCGGCUGAGUUUUCCAACGUCAUGAUAAUCUACACAAGUAUAGUCCACAAACCACCGGAUAUAAUAAUGUGCGAUGCCUAUGUUACCGAUUUUCCGCUUGACCUAGAUAUUGAUCCAAAAGAUGCAAAUAAGGGGACACCUGAAGAAACCGGCAGCUAUUUAGUGUCAAAGGAGCUUCCCAAGCAUUGCCUCUACACUAGACUCAGUUCACUGCAAAAAUUAAAGGAACAUCUGAUCUUCACAGUAUGCUUAUCAUAUCAGUACUCCGGAUUGGAAGAUACCAUAGAGGAAAAGCAGGAAGUGAAUGUUGGGAAACCUCUCAUUGCUAAACUAGACAUCCACCGAGGUUCAGGAAGGAAGACUUGCUUUCAAACUUGUAUUAUGUGCAGUGGCCCUUACCAGAGUUCUACAUCCACCUCAGUGGGAGCUGGACAUUAUCAUUCUUCUCAAGACUCAUUCCUUGGUGUUUACCAUUCACAUCUUGGUAAUUCAAGUAGUGCCGUACCGUCGGAUAGCUGUCAAUGCAGCCGGACUGCAGAUGCAUUUCUUUCAAGUCAUCAUACACACCAUUAUUCGUGUCAGUUUGUUAGAAGUAACGUGCCGGUCGAGACAACUGAUGAAAUACCAUUUAACUUCUCUGAUGGGCUCAGGAUUUCUGAAAAGUGACCUCCUUGUUUUUGAACGUUAUCAGAAUUACUAGAUGCAUCAUAUGCCACAGUCUUAUAGAAAGUGAGGUGAAAAAGCACGUAUGUGUAUGUAGAGAGGGAAAAUAACAGCUGUUUCACAGCAAGCUCAGGACUUUGAGAUGUUGCAAUUAUAUUAUUUAACCACAGACUUCCUCGUCCUCCUUUCUCUUUUAAGGUUUUGUGAAUUGACUGGUUUGUUCUGUAAGAGGUAUGGAUGUAUAUCAGUUUACUUGUAUAUAACAAAAAUAUUUUCAUUUUGACCACUCUAAA